AUGGAUCCUCUGACUUCUUGUCUUUUCCUUCCCUCCCUCAUCUUUGACAUGCCGGCUCAGACUUCUGUCCUCCUUCUGUACUGCCAAGGCUAUACUUAUGCCAUCAAGACCACAAACGUGGGAAAUAGCGGUGUGCACCAUGUGCUAAGGUAUUGGGACGGCCUGCGAAAGGGAUCUGAUGGAACAAGCAUGUGCAAUAUCUUUCACUUCCGAAUACGGUUCCAGAAGGUGUAUCGCUGCGUUCGGUUCUGUGUUGAGCACAUGAGAUCCAUUCAAUAUCCUGGGUCUGCUGGUAGGACGUUCGGGCUGGAUAGCGAAGCUUGA